CAUCUUCACAUCACAAACUUAAAUUGUUAUUCGGCUUGACUUUGACUCUAACUUGAAUUACCUCCUUUAGCGUUGACAAUUUACAGUCUCGCUUGAUCAUCAAAUUCCUUCAUUCAAUUUACAAGUAGUCAUCGCUGUAUUUUGUUUAUUUUCUAACUCAUUUGCCUUUUUGAGGUGGAACUACAGAACAUCAACCAAGGAGAAUACAUAUCCUGAUUUCAAAAUAAGGAGACAUGUUGAUCACAUUUUCAACCACUCUGGAUCGCUUACCAGGUGAAAGGAUCUUAACACCUGAUUGGUCUUGGCGCCUAGUAGUUGUGUCCUAUGCGAUUAGUUGGAUAGGAGCAUACACUUCAUCUGCGAUCAUUGCACAUGCCAACACCUUGCUACUCAGAAGUGGUACACAGUGGUGUCUGUGGAUGGCAUUAGCUUCAAUUACCUACGGCUCAAUCAGCAUUUGGUCCCUACACUUCCUUGCCAUGUUAUCUCAAACUUUUGAGGGCAUUGACGUGUCCUUUCAUCCUGUCUACACUACUCUCUCUGCUCUCGUAGCUACCUUUUUCACCUUUGCCGCACUCAUCAGUUCUGCGCGCUCACCUUUUCGCCAUCCCUUCAUCUCAAAUCGACCAUUAUCACCUUCACCUACUGCCUUACCGCCUCCGCUUGAUCGGUCUUCUCCUUUUGCUUUCUUCAAUCGUCUUCGCCGUCGCACGAGCUUCCCUGGUAGAUCUGAGGAAGUGGAGCUUGAUAGCGAGUUUUUGUUGGAAUCAGGACAAGGCAUUUGCUCAUCGCUUUCAAGCAGGUCUUCAUCUCCCUUACUUCCAGCCAAAGACCUACGAUGCUCACCGCGCACCUUAUCUCCCAGCUCAAACAAGUACACUGAGAGAAGUUAUGUGCCCAUAAACACCUCAUCGGACUCUCCUUCUGAUCUUCGAAGUUAUAAUCUAGGUUGGGGGACUGGUGUUGAUCACGAUGUUCUGGAGGAAGAAGAUGAAGAUGAGACAGGAGAGAAGCUUGAGGCUCGAUCUUACCACGAACAUCGUCACCUCUCGUCUGCUCGGCAUAAUCCCCAUAUUCUCUUUAGGUUAGGAAGGGAAGUGAGGGAAGGAGCGAGUGUGGUACAUGGGCUAAAGGCUUUAAUUUGGGGGAGCGCAAUUGCGCUGAUGCAUCAUAUAGGUAUGAAGGCUAUGAAUAUUCCAGAAGGUCGAGUGAUUUGGAAUCCGGUCUACAUUGCACUGUCUUGUUCACUGGUAUUAGUAGUAAGCUGGUUAGGUUGCAUUACCAUUGAUCAAAUGGACUUUCACCUUUCCCGUCAACUACUCUUUGCAACCUUAACAUCACUUGGUGCCUUUGGUUUUCAUUAUGUUUCUGCCUUGGGAGCUACUUAUCUCACAGCUGCUCCUCCUGAUCUCAAGACUCCUAUCAGUGGAUUUAGGGAUGAGAUCCCAUUCUUUAUCACGGGCUUAGCGGUUUGUACUUGUUUACUCUCCAUCGGACUCUUGGCUCACACAGCUUCUUUAUCAAGAAACCGAUUGGCAGAAUUGAUUUUCACAAAACGACGACUUUGGAAAGUCAAAGCUCAAAAAUUGGCGGCCGAAGGUGCCGCAGACUUGAAACAAAACUUUAUUUCGGUCGCAUCUCAUGAGCUUAGGACUCCACUUUUUUCUGUCACUGGUUACGCCGAUUUAUUAGGAAGGACAGAUCUGAAUGACGAGCAGAAAUUGUAUUUGGCCAACAUGCAACAAGCAUGCGCGAAUAUGCAAUUGAUCAUCGCCAACGUCUUAGAUUUCUCUAAACUUGAACGAAAUAAUGAAGAAUCAAAUGCUAAACCCGUUUGUAUGAACUUACGAGCGAUGGUAGAAGGAAUCGGCAGAAUGACUGAAGAUAAAGGUAGAUCAGUACGAGCUAGAUCAGUUGAUCUAAUCGUUCAUGUCUCUGCUAUCGUCCCUGAGACGGCCUUGGUAGAUGAGACAUUCGUAUUACGGAUCUGUAUGAACCUCUUGAGUAAUGCUCUCAAAUUCACCGAGAAAGGAUUCAUCUUGAUCAGCUUAGAUAUGAAUGAACCGGAGGAAUUGGUCAUCAAGGUUCAAGAUACUGGGAUUGGAAUUCCUCGAAGCUUUAGGAAAGACUUGUUUGAACCUUAUCGUCAGGCAGAUAGUAGUACGACAAGACCUCAUCAAGGUACAGGACUAGGUCUCAGUAUUUGCAAACAGCUCGUUCAGCGUCUGGACGGUAAGAUUGAGGUGGAUUCGAUCGAGGGUGAGGGUACGACCUUUGUUGUUACUCUUCCGCUCGGACGACCUUCAAGUCCACCUCUUCGAUCACCUACUGAGUUAGGCAAGCGAAUCUGCGUAGCUUAUCAAGAACCUCGAACGGAAUCUGCACUUUCUAAUCUACUGCGUCGUGAUGGACAUCUUCCUGUCGAGUAUCACUCCACACCCAAAGGAUCAUUGAACGACUCUGAAAUCGACAUGGUCUGGACUGACUUGGGAAGUGUACGGGACUCGACUGAACUCCAAACAUUGACCAAAGUUGAAAGUGAAGAUUCAAAGGUAGUGGUCGUCACUUCUUCUUCUUGCGCUCUUGGUAAAUCUAGAAAUGAAAUUGGAGAAGGACUUUCUGGAAAAGUGAUUGAAUUAAGUCGACAUGGGAUCAUUCCUCAUUUAAUCUUUAAUCUAUUAUCACAACCUGAGAAAUACGCACAUGAGAUUAGUAGUAGACCAGAUAGUUGGCCAUUAAUUGAUCGUCGUGAAUCGGUUGGUACUAUUGUCACGGUUAAUAGUAAUGAAGAUUUAGAAGAGAUGGCAGAGUCUGAAAUUGAAGAAAAAUCUCAAAAACAAGAUUUAGAGAAUGAAGAAGAAAUUGAGACCAAAAAGAAAAUCUUGUUGGUAGAUGAUAAUGGAAUGAAUGUCGAAUUAGGAAGAAGGGUAUUGGAGAAGAUUGGAUAUGAGGUGCAAGUGGCUUACAAUGGACUUGAAGCUGUUCAAAAGGCUUGUCAUAGUGAUUGUGACUUGGUAUUGAUGGAUUGUCAGAUGCCAGGUGUAGAUGGACCAGAAGCGACGAGAAUGAUCAGAGACUACGAAACCAAAGCAAAAGAAGGUGUAAAUCGAUUACCGAUCAUCGCCUUGACAGCUAAUGUAUCUGAAUCUGAUCAAACAACUUGUAUGGAGAGUGGAAUGGAUGGGUUUUUACCUAAACCUUUGCAAGUCACUGUUUUGAAAGCUACUUUGCAUAGGUUUUUAGGAUGAUUAACUCUAAAAACAUACGUUCUUGAUCGGAUCUCAAAGGGAUUCGCAUUUUAUAAAAUCUCAAAAGGGGUUUCCAAAUAUGAAGAUCUCUUGAAUGAAAAAAAUCGAUCUUUCGGAUCUUUUUAAAUCUUCCACUGAAAAAUACAAAUAAAGGUAAUCUAAUGACCUACCAAAAAAAAGAAUCUCUCUUAAUAAUGGUUUUCCAUCCCUUAUCAUUUGACUUUCGAUUUUUUUUUAAUUUCCUUGCACAAAAAAUGUUUGUAAGAUCUUCAUGAUAUGUUUUAUGAUUUUUUUCUUACAUAUAUAAUUUUGAUUUCAUUUCAUCCUGUUUCUUUUUUUUGUAUAAAAAGUCGAUUUCUACCUUUCCUUCCUUCUUCUUCUUCACUUUCCUAAUAUAUAAAAAGAAAAUCUAGAAAAAAUACUUUAAAGUUGGUUAAUGCAGAUGUUGAAAAGAAUAUGGACAUAGUUUUUUUUUUGAUUGAUUGAUUUUACUUUGGUUUGGGGUAUCUUCUCAUUAAAAAACACUCCAAUAGGAGUUUGAAUUGUAAUUUUAUAGUAAUCUGAUCUAUGCUAUUGUUUUUUUUUGGUUCAUUUACACAAUUAUUAUAUAUUUAAUUUACACACAAUUUUGGAAGUUGUUCUUUUUGAAAAGUUUCAAAAAAAGACAAUUUAUCUGAGUCUUUGAUUGUGAUGACUUC